GCGAGAACACAUGCGUGCAGUGAGAAACAACAUGAUGAAGAUGACAUGAGAGAGUAUAUACACGUUUUUCGUUUAAUCUCAACCCCGAAUAAAGCCACGAUCUCUACAGGGAAGGCGUAAGUAAAAUGGAUCCCUAAUAAAGAAGGCGUUAUAAUUAAAAAAGGGAGAAUUAGACAGGGUAAUACAAGGUUUGCUCAGUUAAAGCUAAGUUUUCGUUAGAUGCGUAGAUGGCAUUCCCUGUGGAGUCUGCAGUGCUUGUUGCUCCAGUGACUGCUCUGGAAUUCCUGGGCGAUGAAUUCCUGCUGACAGGUGAAGGACCAAUCCUCUCUGUGUACAGUCUUCAAGGAUCUCCAACAAAAUGCUUAUCUUUGAAUGUUCUCCAUAACUUCCGUAUCCAUGGAAUACGACCUAGAAAGAAACAGCAAUCUGGAGAACAAACCAACAACAUAAUUUCAUCUGAACAUUCUGUUUGGGACAAGGAAGAAGAGCUAAUUGUUUUUGGAGGAAAAGGAGUGCGGCUUAUCAACUUUAGCUCUAGUGGGCAGUGCCUGAAGCCGAUUGGCCCUCUCUUGGAGCUACAAGAUUGGGUGCUAGACAUUCAUUGGCUAGAAGCAGAGGCCCAUACACUUUUGGCUAUAUCCUUGGCCCACAAUGCCCUGCUGCUCCUAGACGCAGACUCUUGUAACAUACUUGCCUUCUACUCUUGUGUAGAGACGUGCCUUCUCUACUCAGCACUUAUAAUUGGUUCAAGCUGGGACUCUUCAGUGCUGGUGGGUGGAACUGUUUUUAACCAGCUUGUGCUUUGGAGGCCCAGAGGAACCAAACCUAAUGGCCAAUCCCAGGUAGAACGCCGUUUGCUGGGCCACAGUGGAGUCAUUUUUAGCCUUUGCUACCUUGAAAAAUCUGGAUGUCUGGCAUCUGCUUCCGAUGAUCGCAGCAUUCGUUUGUGGAAAGUUGGCAGGCUGGGUGGAGAUGCAGGUUGUGGAGAGGAAUCACCCGAGUGUCUGCGGGUGCUGUACGGGCACCAGGCGCGGGUGUUCUGUGUCAGGCUUACGCGCAGCCGCAUAUUCAGCGCAGGCGAAGAUGGAGCAUGCUUACUCUGGGAAUGGGAAGGUGAAGGAAAGGUGGGGCGUACUUUUAGAGGGCAUAGGUCAGGUGGAGUGAGGGCUCUGGCUGUCAGCGAGGGAAAUAUGAGCUGUAGAGGGGGCUUGGUGGCAACUGGAGGGGCAGAUGGUGAGAUAAGAGUAUGGAGAGUGGCAGAGGAGAAGAAUAAAGAAAGCGAAGAAGCUCAGACGGAGUCUCAGGUGGAUCUGGGGUUUAAAGCACAAGGUUGCCCUAAAGUAAUCAGAUUAGUGGGUGAGGAUACAUCGAAUGCAAUUCUGGCCUGUACUGAUCAGGGAGAGGUGUGUCUAAAUCAGAGUCAAACAUGGGAUGUCAUUUGGCAAGGGGGAGCCGAAUUCCAGUCUUACUGUGUAAUGGAGGUCACAAGUAUACAAGUUCAGCAAUCCAGUUCUGUUGUAUGGGUGUGUGCAGUUGGUAAUCUGAAUGGAGGGGUCCAAGUGUUUCCCGUGGGGCAGCCGGAUGCGGGUGUGUUGCUAAAAGCUGGUCAGGGUAAAAUUCAUUCUGUGCUUUGGGUUAAAGGCCUGUUUGAUGGGUGCUGGGGUUUGUGUCUUUUAGUGUCAGGCUCUGAAGGGCUUGUGUAUAGGUGGAAAAUAGAUGUGAUAGAAGGCCUGCGUAUAGAAGAAAAAAUGCUUUCUCCCUUUUUACUGCCGCCCUGUGCAAAGCGAUGGCUGACUGCUGCAAUAACCCUAUCACACCACAGUCAGGGGUUGUACCUGUGUGGUGAUCGCAGAGGGUCACUGCUUCUCUACACUGAAAUGGAAAGGAAUGACACUGAAACUGAAAACAGGCCUUUGGGAGCAGACCAAGAGAAACCUGACAAGAACACAGGAAGCAAGAGUGCUGUAACUGAAAACAUUGAAUCUCUGUCUCCCAUAAGCACCCUUUUUGGUGUCCAUGGAAAGCAGGGUGUGACUUCUGUGUGUGAGCAUCAGGGUGUGUGUUACACAACAGGUCGAGAUGGGUGCGUACGGAUACUAACUGUUGAAAAAAAUGUUCUCACAGUACGCAGAGUUCAGCGGGCAUGCAAAGGGAUGGAAUGGCUGGAGAAGGUUUUAUUUUUGGACUCCGAAGGACUACAAGGAGAGGGGCUGAAUCAGAGAAACAUUGAAAAAGAGAUUGCGGAGGUGAGAAAGAAUGAAAGCAUAGCUGAGGCUCGGUUUGUCAUGGUUGGCUUCCACUCUGUACACUUUGUUAUAUGGGACCCUCAUAGACAAGAGAAGCUAUUAUCGGUUACCUGUGGAGGAGGCCAUCGAUCCUGGGUGUACAGCCUCCCGACACACAAGCUCACACAGGGAACCCUGGUGUUCAUUAAGCAAGGAGCCGUCAUUGCGUCUCGUUCCUUGGCGUCCGCAGAAACCGAUGUGAAUGGACACACACUGAAGGAGGGGCUUCAUGGACGAGGCAUCAGCUGUGUUUGUCGGCUUGGUUGUAUUGCAAACACUGGAUCGUCGUCUGAACUUUGGGAAGUUUUUGUGAGUGGUGGGGAGGAUACCACUGUCAGUGUACUUGCCAUUAAACCGCAAAGUGGAGCGGUGAAGGUGCUCGCCGUUCUGACGGACCACAUCUCAAAUGUCCGCACUCUGGCUGCUGUCAAUAGAGGAGAAGCUAAUGAAAGUGGGAUGGAUGAUAGCACAGGAACCUCGGCCCUCUCUUCUCUGGUGUUUUCAGCCGGAGGGCGGGCACAGCUCCAGUGUUACAGGCUCCUGAUUCGUCUGGAUGAGCAGCUGCAUCAGCCAGUCUGUCAGGUGACUCAGAUUGCUGGUCAUCGAUUGGACGAGCAGUGGGAACGGAAGCGCAACCGACACAAGACCGUCAAAAUGGACCCUGAGACUAGGUACAUGUCUAUGGCUGUGGUGCAUGAUGGGAUUGAACGUGUCCUGCUGGCUUUGGGCUGUAGUGAUGGUGCAGUGAGGCUGUUCAGUGUGAUUGAGAGCAGCAGAAGGAUUGAGAUGCUAUGGGAGUGUUUUUAUCAUAAGAGGUGUGUGCUCAGCGUCGCCACCUACAUGCUGGAGGACUCCAAGGGCAAAAGGCUUUUGUUGCUGUUCAGUGGCACUACAGAUGGUUGUAUAUCUGUGUGGGAUUUAACAGCAGUUUUGGACAGUAAGGCCAGUGUCAGCUGGCAGGGUCCAUCUGCCCCAUUCUUUUCCAUACCUGUUCAUCAAAGUGGAGUCAAUUCUCUCGCCUUAUCACAGUUGAAAAUGCCUGAACAAAUGGAGGACAACCUCAUUUCAUUGGCCAGUGGUGGGGAUGACGGACAGCUGUCUCUGCAUUAUAUCAAGGUGGAGCAUAAACAGCAGGAGAAUAGAGGCAUGUCUGUACAGCUACUCUCUCAUUGGUCUGUUCCCUUAGCACACUCUGCCCCACUCACUGGUUUAUGUUUGGUAAGCCCCACCCUACUGGCGUCCACAUCACCAGACCAACGCAUGUGUUUGUGGAAAACGGGCAGCGACGGGCUACGCCCACAGAAGGUGACAUUCUCACACAUUGCAGAUGCUGCUGGUUUAUGGGCGUGGCUAGGGGCUGGGCCAGUGGGAGGUGCAUGGGUUGUUGUUUGUGGACAGGGCUUACAGCUGUUUAAGUUGAGCCAAGGAGAGACAGGUGAAACUGUUGACAUGAGGGAUAAAGAUGAUGAGAGAAGGAAAGUGAUGUUUUCACAUUGUUUUUCGAGGACUUGAUGCUGGCUUUAAUUUAAAUUAAUUAUAAAUAAAUAAAUAAAAAACAAAGAAUUUUAAUUGUAAAGUAUAUCUUUUUUUCAAAUAAAAAUUGUGUAUUAAUGUC